UAUGUUCAGUUGCCUGUCUGCACGACGCAAAUUAGCGUCACGGUUUGUUGUUGUGAUAGUUUGUUCAGUGGUCUUUCUUAAAUUAAAUAAGUAUGUACGCUUACCACGCUGCACUUUGGUCUCCUCCAUACAAUGACCGUGACAUUUCGCCUGCCUAAAUCACCAGGCGGAAAAUUAGUUAACAGACCAUUAAGAAAGAGUUCCAUACCUCUGUGCAAAUAACAGCUAGUUUUCAGUUUUCUCCAUUCCCAGACAGUCCUAACAAUUUUAGCUUGAGUAGUAUGUCCAUGCUACGAAGCUAUUUUUGUUUAUUUUUUGACCUUUUUAAUUUAAAACAAUCACCGUAAGGUACUUAAUUGUUACCCAGAAAUGAUUUGAUAUUGAGAUUAAAAUGGCGGCAUUGGACCUUCAAAAGAUUGUAGCCUAACUGAGGUUCCCCAGAGAGCUGUUUAAGUGGUUGAUUGAACAUUGGCGACUGAUGUUAUUGACUUAUUCCCCUCACAGUCUUCAUGUCAAUGAGCUGUCUGAGAGUGCCCGUUGUGACGACUGGCACUGACCUCCUGGCUGGUACGUUCAACAGUUGGGCACAUUUUAGGAAGUCAUACUAUUAGCAGAGACUACUCAAUUCUUGUCAACCCAGUGGAGACACAUGCUCGUCAUGUCCCAGUCCCAUGCCAGGACAAGGUCGGGGAAGCCGCCACCUGUCACCUUGAUAGACGUUAACAAGCUUCGGAUCUCAGAGCGGUGGAAGGGAUGUUCUAUAAAAGCGGACAAACGGAUGACACCCAGGGGUGUCUGGAUCAAAGCUGUCCUUCCAGGUACCUGCUUUUUGUGUAAGCGCAUAAUCAAAAAGAUCAAGACCAAGCUGAAUGGUGAUAAGAGCAAGGAUAACAUCACUGCUAUACUGGACUCUAUUUGUCGCAGCUUGUGGAAGCUGAAAGGUGUCUGCAACAAACUGGUCAAUAAAUACAAAGAACAACUGAUUGAUGCACUUGCCAGUGAUGUGGAUGCAGUAAAUGCCUGUAAAAAAUUGAAGCUAUGCAAAUGAGAUACCAUUUACCCAUGACUGCCCUGGGCUCAGGUCUGAGCAUACAUGUUCUGUCUGUUUUUUUUUCAGAUGAACACACUGUCAUAGCUUAGCUUUACAUUAUUUUCAUGCACAACUGUCUGGAUGGAAUGGCAGUCUUUAAAGUCACUUGCAUUGCUACUGCAAUUUUUAUUGAAUUAAAUACUGAAACU